AUGAUCAUUUUACAAGUGUACUGUGUAGUGCGAAGUACGGACGUGACGCCUGCGCCGCCGUCGCCACUCGCCACGGCCGCGCGGGCGACGCGAUGCAAAUGCAUGGGUUUCCGCUACGUAAAGGAAGCAGGAGUCGCGAUAAACGAUAAACAGGGUAUUGGACAAAUAAUUGAUAAGAUUGCGCUCGUGCAAGGUGCGCGCGCGCCGCCCGCCGCAUUAAUAUCGCGAUUAGGA